CUGCCGGCUCUGCGCUGCGGGGAAGAACCGUGAGCGACCAUCAGGUCGCACCAUGGUGACGGUACAGCAUGGGGCCUGAAGAGGACCGGGCUAUGGGAGUCCUGAGACCUCUGGUGCCACCAGGUGAAACUUCAGCUCAGAGAGGAUAUUGGCCCUCCCACAGCCUGAAGACUUCUCCACUCAGUACAAACAGAACCUGAGUGGAUUCAGGACAGUUCUGGACAACAGCAUGCUACAGGACCAUGUUACAGAAACUCUACUUAGGCCCACCACAGUUGACAGAAGCCAGUGGCCCAAGAGCAAUGAACCAGCCAGCAGAAUGCAGACCACCUGAACCAACUGAUCCUGUGAUGAGACCAGGUCACCUCCAGAGACAACAUCCCCGCUCUAGUCACCUGGAAGCUCACUAGUUUAUUCAUGACCAAAACUUGAGGAUCAACAUGGAGAUACAAUAACAUGGUCUCUUUUCCUUUUUGUUAUAAUUCUCCCUCUGCUUAAUAGAGAGCCAAUGCCCCAUAACAAGGCUUAUACCCAAAAGCUACCAAAACAUGCUGGCCUUCAUUUUUACCAUUGAAGAAAUCAACAGGAAUCCUCAUCUUUUACCCAACAUAUCUUUGGGCUAUGAGUCCCACAAUUCCCUGCACAGUCACGGUAAUACAUUGCAGAAUAUCCUAAUAUUGCACACGGGACAGGAUAAGAUCCCUAACUACAACUGUGGGAGAGAGAGCAAGGCUGUAGCAUUACUAACAGGAACAUCAGCAGUAACAGCUGCUCAAACCGGACCACUGCUGGAGCUCUACAAGUUUCCACAGCUGACCUUUGGCUCUUUUGAUCCGAUCCUGAGUGAAUAUGGCGUUUCCUUCUCUCUAUCAAAUGGCUUCAAAGGAUACAACUCUGGCCCUCGGCGUGGUCUCCUUGAUGCUUCAUUUCAGCUGGACCUGGGUGGGACUGGUCCUCACAGAAGGUCCAAAAGGGCUUCAGUUUCUGUCAGAUGUGAGAGCAGAGAUGGGUAGAAACAGGGUCUGUGUGGCAUUUUGGAAAAUAGUCAGUAGUUCUUCUCAGUUCUAUGUAUUCCAUCCGCAACAACACAAUUUCUUGAUUAGGGAAACAUCUUUAGUAAAGGUUGUUUUCAUUUACUAUGAUACUGAUAGUCUAAAUGAUGUAAACCAUUAUAUAGGGCUACGGUUAGUGACAGGGACAGUCUGGGUGACAAACUCACAGUGGCACGCUGACCUGACUGGGAAAAAGUUUAUACUGGACACGUUCCACGGGACCCUCAUUUUUUCAAACCACCACGAGGAAAUUUCUGAUUUUAAAAAAUUUAUCCACAGAGUUAACCCAUCCAGCUACCCAGAGGACAUAUUCCUCCAUCAGUUUUGGUACUGGAGCUUCCAUUGCUCAUUAUCUGAACCUGACUGUGUAUUGAACUGUCCACCAAAUGCCUCCUUGGCGUGGCUGCCUGUGAAUCAUUUUGACACGGCCAUGAGUGAUGCGAGUUACAAUAUAUACAACGCCGUGUAUGCUGUGGCCCACGCCCUCCACGAGAUGCUUCUCCAACAAGUACAGAUGCAACCAGUGAGGAAUGGGGAAGGCAUGGUGACUUCUCCCUGGAAGCUGCACACCUUUCUGAAGAAUAUCCAGUUUGCCAAUCCUGCUGGAGAACAGACUCCUUGCUCUGUGUGCACUGAGAGCUGCGAUCCUGGAUUCUGGAAAUCCCCUCAGGAGGAAAAGGCUUCCUGCUGUUUUGAUUGCACCAUUUGCUCGGAGAAUGAGAUCGCCAAUGACACAGAUGUGCUCCAGAGACUCACGAUAGCCCAUGGACUGUUCUCCCUGAUGCUUCAGUUUAGCUGGAUAUGGGCAACACUGGUCAGUGAAGGUGAGAAAGAUGUCCAAUUUCUCUCUGACUCAAAAGAGCAGAUGGACAGUAGAGAAUCUGUAGAACUUCAAAACUGAUUUCAAACAUUCCCAAGACACAUUUCUCAUAGAAACCAACAUGCAAAAUUAUUUAGUCUUUUGAAACUGUGUCUCACUAUAUAGUUCAGCUGGCCUUUAACUCACUAUGCUGUCCUCAAACUUGUAGUGAUACUCCUGCCUCAGCCCCCUUAAUGCUUGGCUUAUAGGCGUGUGCCACCACCCCCAGCUUUAAAAACCACAUAUAACAUAUGGACUGAAGAAGCAACAACAGCAAAUGUUCGUUUUAUUUUAUGUGGGUGAACUUCGAAAUCACCUCUAAGGAUGAAAGUCACCUGUUUCAUGUGAAUGUAUGUUCUCAGUAUGGCAUAUUUCUAUUUUCUUCUUCUUUGCUUGGGAAUAGUCUUGUGACAAUAAAUGAGCCCUUCAGGGUGAAUUGUCCGUAUUUUCUUCUGUUUGCUUUUAUUUCUUUACUUUUAUGCCUGGAAUCUUGGCAUUUUCAACUUAAUUUCUUCGAAGACUCUUCUCCAGUCCAUCACGCUCCCCCAUGUAAAGGCCUCACAAGGGACAUGCAUGGCCUCACAAAGAACAUGAGAAAAAAAGAUUAUUGAUUACCCUAUUCUCCCACCUGCUUCAUUCCGCAUUCUAGCCACUCCUCGAAACUCCCUGAGACGUAUCGUUCCCUUGUAAGUUUCCUGGGGUUUCUAUAGUUUCUGGGAAGACUGCU